GCUUGUCUCUCCUGCUGCUCUCACAUUUCACAGGAGCAGAGCACGCCAAUGGCAGAACUGAAGAGCGGACGUGGCCCGACAACAGGAGUGUGCGCACACGAUGUGCUGCGGCACAACGUGAAGUUGCUGACGCUGGGCGGGGCGUGGCCCCCGAGCGAGCGGAGCGGCCUGCGCCGGCUGUUCCCGCUCUACACGGCCACCAUCUACUUCUGCCAGAGCGCCACCAUCGCCAUGGGCAUCUGGCUCACGUACGACCUGUGGGGCGACGUCGACGAGAUCAUGCUCACGUACGUCAACACGUUCACGCUGCUCGGCGGCUACAUCAAGCUGAUCUACUUCUCCCGUGACGUGCGGGGCUACCGCGAGCUCGUCUCGAUCCUGCGGGACGUCGCCAGGGAGCAAUGGCCGUACUGCGAGAAUGACGCUAAGCUGAUGGCAAUCUUCACCGGCGCGUACCGGAAGGGCUUGUGGCUAACGUUCGGCCCCCUCGUGUACCUCAAUAUAUUGGGCCCCACUUGGUUCUUCAUGCCUCUCAUUCUUCGGGCCUUCGGUUCUGAGGAACGCCUACUGCCGUUCGUCAACUUGCGCGAGAGUGUGACGAAUAUUUUUCCUCUGUAUGUUGCUAUCUACGUGGUGCAAGUUUACUGCAUGUUCUUCUGGAAUAUAAUCAGCGUCGGGCUGGACAUGUUCUUCGUCACGAGCAUGGUUCACGUGGCUGCGCAGCUCAAAAUCCUCAAUGAACGCCUAUCUAAUUUAGGUGAAGAUCCACCACAUGACGACUACGGAGCUGUAUUGGAUCGCCAGAUUAUGCGGGGAUUUGUCAAUCCGCAAAAGUGGCCAUUCAGCCGUGACGGACGACGGAGAGACAUGUAUGAAGAACUACGUAAUUGUAUCAAGACACAUCAACACAUCCUAAGCUCACUGAAGACGCUGCAGCGUGUGAUGAGUCCUGUGGCCAUGACGCAGUUCUUGUGCAGUGCAUCAGGGGCGUGCAUCACCUUGUUCCAGGCCACAUUCAAUCCUGAGGGAAACUCAACUCUGAAAUGUUUAAUUUUCCUUCCAUUGCCAGCAUUUCAAAUAUUCAUUUACUGCUGGGCAGGACAUGAAAUAGUUUAUCAGGAGGAGUUGCUGUCGGUGUCUGGCUAUGGCAGUGCGUGGGUGGGUGCGAGCAGGCGUAUCAGUGUGGUGCUCCAUAUCCUGAUGUGCAACGCACAGAAGCCACUACGACUCACCGCGGGGAAGUUCUACCCUGUCAAUCGUGACACAUUUGUCACACUAAUAAAUGCCUCAUAUACGUUCUACACUCUGAUGCGCCAGACGAGGGACCAAGGAUCAACAGUACAGACAUAAGAGGCCUUGAAUUACAGGAGAGCAGUACAAGUCACUGGGCCACCAAAAUAUUUUCACUACUGCUGUUAAAAUAACUUAUUUCCUAGAUGCAAUUUGCAAGAAACCACAUCAACAAUUUGUAGUCAGCAAGAUUAGUGGAAUGUCUCAACUCUGUUGAUUUUUUUAACAAUCUGAUGAUAGAACUUGCCAUUUGGCUACCACACAUGACCAUGUUUGGAAAGGGAAAGCUUCUGGGUUAUCCAGAUGCAAGAGACAACUAAAAAUAAUUUAUCAAUGUGCUCCUCUAGUGAUCAUUCCUCUAGUAUACUUGAAGUU